AUGGAUGGCCCGCCGCCCCCGCCGCCUCAUGGCGACAAGCCAAACACCACCGAAGGCGAGUACCGCAAAUCAUCAGACCUACCUCCCGGCAACUACGACAUCUUCAUCGUGCCACCUCACUCCGCCGGUUCCGGUUUCCUCUACCUCCCAUCCCUACAAUGCCACCGCAACAGCUUCCUUGCUGGCGCCGCAAGCACACUGUUCGUCGUCCUGCUGUGGACCACCCUUGCACCUAUUUUCAGGGCUUGGUACACUGCCACUGUCACCACCGGUGGCGGCAUGGGCAUGGUGCUGCUUGCACUUGGAGUCGGCGUGGCCGGAUGGGCUGUUGGCGCAUCGCAAUCCGACAGCUUUAAUGGCAACAACAGUAAUGGACACUCGGGUGGCGCGGGAGGGUCGAAUGCACAAAAUAACCGGCCUGGCGCCAAUUUCUUCAAAGGCAAAUUUGGCAACGGGGCAGGACAGCAGCAACAGGGAGGAGACUUUGGUGGGAAGUCAACCCGUGGCAAUCAACAAUAUGCUGGCAACCAGCAUGGAGCUAAUAACACCGAAUGGGAGCGGGCACGGGAUGAGACGAAGCGCAAAGAGGAACUGCGGCGAAAGAUGGAGGAAUUUAAGAAAAAGCGCGAGGCAGAUGCCAAGGAGAAAGAGAAGCAGAAAGAGCGCGAAGCGAUGGAGAAGGAAUUAAAGGAGCGUCGCGAACAGCUGGAGAAGGAGGUGGCCGCCGCCAAGGAGAAAGCAGAAAAGGAAGCGCGGGAGAAGAUGGAAAAGGAGGCGGCCGAGGCCCGUGAGAAGCAAGCCAAGACUGAAGCGGAAGCAAAGGAAAAGGCUGAAAAGGAAGCGGCUGAGAAAGCAGCUGCAGCAAAAGCCCAGGCCCAGAAGGAGGCCAUGGCCCGGUUUGCAGCUCUGAAAGAGGCGGCAACCAAGAAGUAUGCUGAGAGAAAAGCGCAAGACGGAAAGGCGUCCAGUCAACCGGGCAGCGCACCUCGGACACCCUCACCCAAGAAACCGCCGUUCCCGACAGCUCGCACGGCUACGGAGGAAGAUGAUGCAUACUCCUUUCGGCCAUAUGACCGCCCACGCCGGCCGUAUGCGGCUGCUUCCUCGGUGUACUCCGAGUCAUCGUACUCGCCAUCUCAGUCGACCGCACGCACAACGCCACCGCCAUCUCAUCGCGGGCCGUAUACGACUAAAGACCCCGACAAGAUUGUCAUUCAGGGAGUGUAUCAAUUCACCAAUGCCUUCAUGAAGACCCCAGUUGCACAGCUGGUGUCUGGCCAGGGCAUGGUGACCGACGGGCUGGUGCUGCGCAUGACGACAGAGGGGCUGUUUAUUGAUGACGACCUGCGUGGAGUCGGGCAGCGCGAAUGGGAUGUCAAGGCAUGGACUCUGAAGCUGGCCGAGGUCUGGUGUGCGCAGACGAAUGCGACCACCCCAGCCAAUGCCAAAUCUGGAUCCAGCAACCCCUUCUCCUUUGGCCGCAAGGGCAACGCACACUCCGUACCCACGAGCGAAGAAUCCGAUGCGUAUCUGGCGGGGUUGCUCAAGGUUUGUAAGAACAGCUGCCGUCAAGCUUCCCCCAGCGCAGCCUUCGCCCGUAGCGCCACGGCCAGUGGAUUCAACGAAGGCGGACCCGUACACCCUCCGCAAUCUGAAUUCCGCGGUCUGCAUGUCCUCCGUGCCAGUCUCCGCGAUCAAGAGGGCAAGCGAUAUGUCUUCGUGAUCUCUGAUACCGAGGCCUGGAAAAUCGCUAUUGGCCUGCAGCGUCUGCGCAGCGGUAGUCAAGUCCGCGCGAUGGGAGUGUCUGCUUUACCAUUGCCCGAGUGUAAGAGUGUCCUCACCGGACUCGGCUAUCUUUGA